AUCACGUGAGCCGUUUCCAAGAUGGCGGCAGGGGUGGCCGGGUGGGGGGUUGAGGCAGAGGAGUUCGAAGAUGCCCCUGAUGUGGAGCCGCUGGAGCCCACGCUUAGCAACAUUAUCGAGCAGCGCAGCCUUAAGUGGAUCUUCGUCGGGGGCAAGGGUGGUGUUGGAAAGACCACCUGCAGCUGCAGCUUAGCAGUCCAGCUAUCCAAGGGGCGGGAGAGUGUUCUGAUCAUCUCCACUGACCCAGCCCACAAUAUCUCCGAUGCAUUUGACCAGAAGUUCUCCAAGGUGCCUACCAAGGUCAAAGGCUAUGACAACCUCUUCGCCAUGGAGAUUGACCCCAGCCUGGGUGUGGCGGAGCUGCCGGACGAGUUCUUUGAGGAGGACAACAUGCUGAGCAUGGGCAAGAAGAUGAUGCAGGAAGCCAUGAGCGCCUUCCCAGGCAUCGAUGAGGCCAUGAGCUAUGCAGAGGUCAUGAGGCUGGUGAAGGGCAUGAACUUCUCGGUGGUGGUGUUCGACACAGCGCCCACAGGCCACACGCUAAGACUGCUCAACUUCCCCACCAUCGUCGAGCGGGGACUAGGCCGCCUCAUGCAGAUCAAGAACCAGAUCAGCCCCUUCAUCUCACAGAUGUGCAACAUGCUGGGCCUCGGGGACAUGAACGCAGACCAGCUGGCCUCCAAGCUGGAGGAGACGCUGCCUGUCAUCCGCUCCGUCAGUGAGCAGUUCAAGGAUCCUGAGCAAACCACCUUCAUCUGUGUGUGCAUUGCUGAGUUCCUGUCCCUGUAUGAAACGGAGCGGCUGAUCCAGGAGCUGGCCAAGUGCAAGAUCGACACGCACAACAUCAUUGUCAACCAACUCGUCUUCCCUGAUCCCGAGAAGCCCUGCAAGAUGUGUGAGGCCCGCCACAAGAUCCAGGCCAAGUACCUGGACCAGAUGGAGGACCUAUAUGAAGACUUCCACAUUGUGAAGCUGCCACUGCUGCCCCAUGAGGUUCGGGGGGCGGACAAGGUCAACACCUUCUCUGCUCUUCUCCUGGAGCCCUACAAGCCCCCCAGUGCCCAGUAGCACCACCACCAGCCCCAGCUGCUGCCAUUUCACACUCAGCCGCCACCCACCGGGGCAGAGUUUGCACAAAGUUCCCCCAUAAUACAGGGGAACCACUUGGGGGAAGGGAGGCAGGGAGGGGGUCUUUUCCCCCUGGUGGGGCUGGGGGAGCUGUAGCUGCCCCCGCACCUCUCCCCGCCUCUCCUCCCUCAAUAAAAUGAUCUUAAACUA